AUGUCGUCGGCGAGCGACGUCGAAAGCGACGGCACUCCUACGCAGCCCCUGCUCGACGCACUCUCGACUGCGCGCUUCCAGCAGCGGCUGCUCUCCCUUGUCGGCGAGAAGGAGGGUGCCGAGCGGCGCGUCCAAGAGCUCGAGCGGAGCGUCCAUCACGCCGAGGCGACGCUCAAGGCUGCACUCGACAGCAGGAGCGAGGUGCAGGCCAACCUGCGUGCGUCGGAGCGCCGCAUACAGGAGGCCGAGGCUGCGGCCGACCGCCAUCUUGCGGCGGUGGAGUCGGAGAAGCAGCGCUACGCCAUCCUGGCUCGGCUCGCCGACGACCAGGCGGCCGAAUCCAAGGCAAAGAUCAGCGCACAGGGCGAGCAGCUGCACGUACUGAACGAGCAGCUCGGGGCUGCGAACCGGGCGGUAGGCACACUGCGUGCUCACCAGUCCUCCUCGGAUCAACACAUCGAGUCGUUCCACGCCAAGGUCUCGGAGGUGACGCUCAUGCUCGAGACGGUGCGUGCUGCGGAGCGCACCUGCCGCGGCACGGUGGGCCGCAUCGUGGAGGAGCAGAGCAGCGCCCGCUUGCAGCUCUCCGCCAUUGAGCGCACCCAGGCCUCGGUUGUCGGCCGCGCCAAGCUUGUCGCGCAGCUCAAGGCGGCUCGAGAGGUGGCCAAGGAGAAGGACGCGCUCAGCAGCUCCCGACUCGAGGAGAUGAAGGAGCUUCGCAAGGCGAAAGAGGGGCACGCGGAUGCCCUCUCGGUGGCGCGCAAGAUGCGAGGCGAGGCCAGGGGGGCGGAGUCGCUGCUGGCGAAGAAAGACGCGCUGCUUGCGAGCCAGGCGGACCAGAUGGAGGGGGCUCUUCGGCGCAACAUGCUCCUCUCUGAGACCAACGAUCAGCUGCAAGCUGCGGCGCGACGCAACGAGGUGGUGACGCAGCUACUGCUUCGUGAGCUGGGACAGGCCGACGCGCUCGCUCACUCGGGCGACCGGCUUGCUGUCGUCGACGAGCGCGCGGAUGGAGCGGGCAUCUGA